AUGAGAAGUGCUUGUCACGAUUUUGCCCCCCAAACAUCCUGCCACUUUAUUAGCAAAGUGUAUUCGGCUUUUUUACUUCUUUUAAUUUAUAAAGUUGAUCAGAUAACCAGUCUUGAUGCCGAAAUCAGAAAAGCAGCCGACAGCGCCCUCUCCCCAAGUAGCCUUCAAACCAAUCCGCAAGACGAAAAGCAAUUGCAAACAGGAAGUAUCGUUCCCGACGGUGGUCCACCGACAUCAAAACCAGGCGAAAAGACGACGAAUGAAGACAGUACUACCUCACGACAUCUUGAUCAGGGGUGGGCAUGGGUUGUCAUGGCGGCGGCCAUGAUGACUCAUAUCUUGACCUUCGGUUUGACCUACGCCAUGGUCGGGAUAUUCCAUGUUGAAUUGCUCGAGGAGUUUGAGAGAGGUGAUUCCGAUACAGCAUGGACAGGAAGCAUCCUUCUUGGAACGAUGUUAUGCUCAGGUCCCAUCACCAGUGUCUUGGUUGGUCGGUUUGGUGCCCAGGUUAUUGCAAUCGUCGGUGGUUUGCUGUCAUCAGCUGGACUCUGCCUUAGUGCCGCAGCGCCCUCUCUGGACUAUCUGUUCUUUACAUAUGGUGCUCUGACAGGUUUUGGAUUCGGUCUCUGUUAUCUACCCUGUAUCGUCAUGGUAGGUCGAUUCUUCGAGAAGCGUCGAUCUAUUGCUACAGGGUUCGUGGUCGCUGGUUCAGGUAUGGGCACAUUCAUGUUCGCUCCAAUCGUUCAGAUCAUUGUUGAAGAGGUUGGCUGGAGACACGCCUUUCUCAUCCUGGGUGCCCUAGAACUUAUUCUAUGUCUUUGUGGCGCUACAUACAUCCCCAAGCUUAUCCCAGAACGUCCAUCCCCUGAAGAUUACCAGAAGCAUCUCAGAGACCUUGAGAGACAGGAACUAGAGAUGAGUUUGAUGGAAGGGGACCACACUGAGCUGGACUCUAUUUUCUCGUUGAGCAGCUACCUUCCUGUUGGGAGCGUGAGUCAAGGUGUGAGUCGAAAUGUCAGCAAGAACGUAUCUGUGACAUCACUGUCGGGUCCAUCGAAACCAUCAGCCGAUUCCUCAGGAGAAAACAAGGAAUCUGAUACACUGAAUAUUCUAAGAGCGGGAACAGUCACCCCGUUGGGUAUCGCGGAGGACGCACGCACUUUGUCAAGCAUAAUACCUUACACGGCAGCAAUGGAUAUCUACUCUAAUAGAAUACCGUCAGCAUCUACCAUUGUAGUAGUGCCAGAGACCAUUCAGUCAGACAGACGUUGUGGGCGCUGUUUAUCACCAUUUUACAAAGUCUUGAGGCUACUCGAUAACCGUUUCCUGGUGGUGUUCGCCAUCUCCAACUUCAUCCUCUGUAUAGGUUACCAGUUACCAUACGUCUACUUUAAAGCGUACGCAAUCCGGAUUGGUGUCGGCGAGGACGAGUGGUCCUUCAUUCUGUCCGUCAUGGGGAUCAUGGAUACUCUCGGAAGGAUCCUCGUUGGCUUCGUGUUUGAUCGCAUCAUCGGAAAACAUCGGAGGAUGUUCGGUUACGUAUCGAGCUGCACACUAGCAGGCACCCUCCUGCUCUUGGUGCCAUUGGCUUCAGGAUACCUUAGCCUUGCUGUUCUUGCUUCUCUAUUUGCACUGAUUGCCGGUUCCACUGAUUCAUUGACUCCUGCCCUGCUUGUAGCCUUUGUAGGUUUAGACACUCUUGGAUAUUCCUUCGGGUUCGUCAUCGAGAUGCAGGGGCUGGGAUUCCUUCUAGGACCACCGAUGGCAGGUAAUGAUAAAUGA